AUUUCCAGCUCAGGAUCAGUGUGCUUGUGCUGAUUUUCUGAUGAAGUACAUCCUAGUAACUGGUGGUGUCAUCUCGGGCAUUGGGAAAGGGAUCAUUGCAAGCAGCAUAGGCACCAUACUAAAAUCAUGUGGUCUACGUGUCACUGCAAUCAAAAUUGAUCCAUACAUAAACAUAGAUGCUGGAACCUUUUCACCAUAUGAACAUGGUGAAGUUUUUGUAUUGAAUGAUGGUGGAGAAGUUGACUUAGAUUUGGGAAAUUAUGAGAGGUUUUUGGACAUCAAUCUGUAUAAAGAUAACAACAUCACCACUGGAAAGAUUUAUCAGCAUGUCAUUAAUAAAGAAAGACAUGGUGAUUACCUGGGAAAAACUGUUCAAGUUGUUCCACACAUCACUGAUGCGGUUCAGGAAUGGGUAAUGAAUCAGGCAAAAGUCCCAGUGGAUGAUGACAGAGAAGAGCCACAAAUUUGUGUAAUUGAGCUGGGUGGAACCAUUGGAGACAUUGAAGGAAUGCCAUUUAUUGAAGCCUUUAGACAGUUUCAGUUCAAAGCAAAAAGGGAGAACUUCUGUAAUAUCCAUGUUAGUCUAGUACCACAGCCUAAUGCUACGGGUGAACAGAAGACAAAACCAACACAGAACAGUGUUCGAGCACUGAGAGGCCUAGGCUUGUCUCCAGAUUUGAUUGUCUGCAGAAGUGCAAAACCUAUAGAAAUGGCAGUAAAGGAAAAGAUUUCCAUGUUUUGCCACGUGGAGCCUGAGCAGGUGAUAUUUAUCCAUGAUGUUUCUUCUACUUACCGAGUACCAAUCCUGUUGGAGGAGCAAGGUAUCAUUAAGUAUUUUAAGCAGAGGUUAAACUUACCUAUUGAUGACCAGCCAAGUGAUCUUCUAAUGAAAUGGAAGAAAAUGGCCGACAGGUAUGAAAGGUUGCUGAAGGUGUGUUCCAUAGCUCUCGUUGGCAAGUACACAAAGCUAAGUGAUUGCUAUGCAUCUGUUUUCAAGGCUCUGGAACACUCUGCGCUGGCAAUUAAUCACAAACUUGAAUUAAUGUACAUAGAUUCAACAGAACUGGAACGUUCUACAGAAGCAGAGAACUCUGUGAAAUAUCACCAGGCAUGGCACAAACUAUGCAAAGCAGAUGGAAUUCUGGUCCCAGGAGGGUUUGGAAUUAGGGGAACAGAAGGCAAACUUCAAGCUAUCUCCUGGGCACGAACAAAGAAAAAACCUUUUCUUGGAGUUUGCCUGGGAAUGCAAUUAGCAGUUGUGGAAUUUGCAAGAAACUGUUUGAAUUGGAAAGAUGCAAAUUCUACAGAAUUUGACCCAGACACAAAAACCCCUGUUGUUAUUGACAUGCCAGAACACAAUCCUGGAGAUAUGGGUGGAACAAUGAGACUGGGGAAGAGGAGGACUGUUUUCAAAACAGAAAAUUCUGUUUUACGGAAACUUUAUGGCGAUGAAGUGUUUGUAGAGGAGCGACACAGGCAUCGAUAUGAGGUGAACCCAGAAUUGACUCACUGCUUUGAAGAGAAAGGUUUGAAAUUUGUUGGCCAUGAUACAGAAGGGAACAGAAUGGAAAUUAUUGAACUGGAGAAUCACCCAUAUUUUGUCGGAGUUCAGUUCCACCCAGAGUUUUCCUCAAGACCUAUGAAACCUUCACCACCUUACCUUGGACUGUUGCUAGCAGCAACUGGGACACUCAGUGCAUACCUGCAACGUGGAUGUAAAUUGUCUCCAAGUGAUAGCUACAGUGACCUCAGUGAUGACAGCUCUCCAGAGAAAGAGUUUAAUCCAGAAACAAGCUGAAAAUGUUAUGUGAGAUCACAGAAAUGGAUGAUGCUAUUGAGAAAGUUGGGAACAGGACAAUAUUGAAUAGAAGAAAGUAGAAGAGUAAGCUGCUUACGGUCCUCGUAGUGUUUUCUCCUAUACUGUUUUCAGUAAUUCUCUUUAGAGAGAUUAAAAACUGUUCUGUAUAAAUGCUGCUUCUCUUUAAAAAAAUGGUUGUGCACCUUAGCUGUUAAUCAUUAUUGAUCUUGUCCUGUAUUUCAGAAUGAUCUCAGGUGAAUAUGUAUUAAUUCACUGGUUCACA